AUGAUAAACACCUACACUGACAAUGAUGUGACACUAAAAGCUGAGGCUGGGCCAAACGAAGAUGAAGGAACACCUUACUAUAGACCAGGGGAAGUGGUAAUUAACACUGAUUACAGUAAGGAAUUUAAAUCGUACCUGGAUGGAAGAUAUACAUUAAAGCAGAUAAGGGAUCAUGUAGCCAGGUGUAUAUGUGCUUUCCUAAAUACAGGCAAGAAAGGCAUGCUUCUCAUAGGUGUUGACUCUAGAGGGAGAGUUGUUGGUAUAGAAUGCAAUGCUCAGCAAGAAGCCAGGUACCUUCAACAUUUCCUGGAUGCCGUAAAAGAUAUUUACCCGCCAGUGUUUGGAGAAGAAUAUUCUUUUCAUUUCUCACCAUUGCUUGAGGAUAAUGGACGACAACAUCCUAGCUUGAAAGUGAUUGAAGUGAGAGUAUUUCCACCCAAUAGCCCCGACGUCCUGUAUGAAUGUAAAGAGGGCGUUUUUGUUCGCCGUAAUGGCGUGCUGACUGGACCAAUACGACCAAGUCAUAUACAAGAAUGGAUAAAACAGAAACAUUUUGCUGAGUUGGAUGACAUGCGUUCAGCGGAAGAUUUCCUGAAAGAUGAACUUAACAAGAAAGAUGAGACAAUACGUCAACAAGGGGACACAAUUCGAUCACAGAGGAGCGAGAUUGAGAGACAGCGUCAUGUUAUUGAAUCUAAAGGCUGUAAUAUUUUAUAGUGCUUUAAAAUCUAAAUUAAUAAUAUACAUAUAUGCUAAUGCCACUUCCUUUGUUUUGUUUGUAUCUAUUUGUAUGUGUAAUAAAAGGUCGCUGAAGAAGGCUGAACGACCAAAGUGUACGGCAAACUGAAAAAAAGCUUUUUUAAUAAUAAAUAUAGUAAACAAGACUUCUUUGAAGCGCGUAACUAAAUACUCAAGAGAAAUUAUACCAGUAAAACAGAUAGCUUUCUUGUGUGUGAGAUUUUUUUCUUCUUGAGUGUAAGAAAAGAAUAGAUUAAUGAUAAAAUGUAAUAGAUAACCAUAAUUGCAAAAUGAAACUAUUGUGUUGUAAUGCUUAAUUUUUUACCAUGCAUGUUUACUUUGACUGUAUUGUUGUUUAUUUUCCUGUGACUGUUUAUACUGCAUGAUAAGAUAGUUCUUUAAAUGUUAGUUGAAAAACUUUGAAGUCACAUUUAAAACCCAGAUAUUUGAUUUUCCUCCUCCCAAAUAUAAUUUUCUACAAGGUUUUUGCUUCAUACCUGUUACUUUCUCGACUUUUAUUAUGUGAUAUUUGAAUAUAAGAGUAGUUUGAUGUAGAAAUUCUUUCCUUAGUUUCAUAUGUAUAAGUACCAUAUAUGGCUAAGUUUAUGAUGCUAAUAUUUAUAACAAGGGGUGGUUUCAGGUUUUAAUUUCUUCUUAGUUAUUUUCAAAAGAAGGUUGAAUUGACUUUAGAUUGUUUGAAUGGUUUCCACUGUGGAUACAAAGUAGUUUUUACAUACCUGUACAAAUCAGAUUAAAGCUGUUACAAAUACAAAUAUAGUGAAUAUGAAGUGUGUCUGCUUAGCUCAAUAGGUAAAGAAUCCAGGGGUCCCUGGUUCAAUCGUUAGUUAAGGCAUAAUUUCUCUGUGACAUUUGAUCUUUGAUAUCGAGUCCAUUGGUCAAUUGUAAGUCACACCUGAUUUCAGAAAUCAUAUGGCAUUUAUUAGUCAGGCACUAGCUGAGAAAUUGGUAAUAACUGGUUAGUUGUCCAGGAAAUGCCAAGAUAUCUCCAAAAUACUCAAGAAAACAAACAAAUUAACAAACAUAAAUAUGUUUAUAUGCAAAUUAUCAUUAUAUUGUUGAUAGUGGAAGAAUAUAGUGUAAUGGUGUGUAAAUAUUAUGAAUAUAAGUUUGUUAAUCCUUCACCUGUCAAAUUUGUAUAAUGAACUUUCCUUGCUUUGACUUUGGAAUAGUUCAUGCAAGGUAUUAGGGAUUUAAGUAUCAGAGUACAAAAAAAUUGCCAAUAGUAGUUUAUACAAAUUUAUUUUAGUUUGAUUAUGUUGGAAGCUAUAAGCUUAUUGAAACACUCUCGAAUCCGUUCCUGGAACCAACCAGUACUAAGCAGUGAAUGUAAAGUUUCUUGCACAAGGAAACAAUGGGUUGCCCUUGGCAGGAUUUGAACCCACGCGGUCAGCAAUCCUUAGAUUACUAGUCCGAUGCGUUAACCACUCUGCCACGCCACAUUUUAAACCAAUGAUACUAUAAUCAUUUCUGCUGCCAAUAGUAUAGAGUCUGGUCUGACUACAUGAAUGUGCGGGCUGGCCUGGCUCUGUACUGAUGGCAAAGACCAGUCAUUUUUGGUUCCAGCAGGUUAAGUGUUAAAGUUCCCAUUAGACUGAUUUUAGAUGCAUAAUUUUGUAGAAUCUGUGAUAACAAACGCUGAUAAUGACGGCUGUAACAAUGUUGUUUAAAAUGAAAGGGGACAUUUAAUGGGAUAAUUCCUGGCAUUGGGGCAGACAGGCUUCAACAGCAGCAUUUAGUUUUGUCAGGAGCAUGUUUACUACAUGCAUGGACAAGUUUAAAUAUUUCUUGACAGUUGAUACAGAUGUCCACCACCAUGAGAUGUUGUGUCUUGCCCUGAACAUGGCCUGUUGUUUAAAGGUCAUGGUCACUUAAUAGAGGCUAAAGGAAAACACUUAUCUUGAGCGAAGCAUCUACAUGCAUUUACAGAGAUUUUUAAUUUUAAUAUAACUAAACACAAAUGUUCACCGUUUUGAGGCAGGCCAAAGUUCAGGUUCCUGUGGCCAAGGUAAAUGUAAUUCUCAAAGGUCCUAAGUUCAGAUAAAAUUAUGACAAUUAAUGUAUGGACAAUUUGGUAGUCUGAAAAUGAGAGAUUACAACAAAAAAAGUUUACAAUUAUGAGACUGGGUCUUGCCAGCAUUAAUCAAUAAGUCAGUAUGUGCAAGGUCAAAGUCACCAGAGAUGAUGAAAUGUUCAUAAUAUAUCAAGAGCACAUAUAUUUUACAUGCAUAGAUAAUUGUUAGUACUACCUGAAACAAUGUCAUAUGUUCACCAAUAUGAGAUAUAGUGUCAAGCACAUGAGCCUGGUCUCUAGGCCAAAGUAACAUUAGAAGUCGAAGUAAAAUGUUUUUGACAUUGCACAAAUGUUCACCAUUUUGAGACAGUGUGUGAUGUGCAAAAUUCAGGUUUUUUAGGCCAAGAUCAAGGUCACAUGCAAAGGUCCACGGCCAGAUAGGGAAAUGAAAUAUGAAUAUUGAGAAUUCUGUUGGUUUAAAGUUGUCAAUUCAGUCUGUCAUUGUCCAUCUGUCAACAACUUUAAACAGAGCUAGAAUAUUAAAAUCUUUGUACUGGAUAUAACAUACUGGAUGCAAUGCAGAUAUGACAUUAAACCAAAGAUGUUAACUUUCAAAGUCAGUUUUUAGCUCGACUAUACGAAGUAUAUGGAGAGCUGUCCUACUCGCCCCGACGUAGAUUAAAGUUUUGGUGCAGUAAAAUAUUUUUCACUAUAACUUUGUCAUUUCUUAAGGUAUCAACUUCAAACUUCAAAUAUAUGUUCCUUAUCAUCAACCACAUCUUAUGUGACAAGGUUCAUAACUCUAGCACCAAUAUUUUCAGAUUUAUCUCCCCUUGAACUGAGAAUUUUCCUUAAAAAAUACUAUUUUUAGCUCGACUAUUCGAUAAGAAUAAGUAGAGCUAUUGCAGUCACCCGAGCGUUGGCGUCGGCGUCGGCGUAACCACUUAUGUUAAAGUUUUUGUAAUAGUUCAAAUAUUUUCAAAGUCCAUUGACAUAUGGCUUUGAAACUUUGCACACUUGUUCACCAUCGUGACGCCAACCUGUAGACAGGAGGAGGAAACUCUAUCAAGCAUUUUGACAGAAUUAUGCCCCUUUUUCGACUUAGAAUUUACGUUAAAGUUUUUGUAAUAGUUCAAAUAUUUUCAAAGUCCAUAGACAUAUGGCUUUGAAACUUUGCACACUUGUUCACCAUCAUGACCCCAACCUGUAGACAGGAGGAGGUAACUCUAUCAAGCAUUUUGACAGAAUUAUGCCCCUUUUUCGACUUAGAAUUUACGUUAAAGUUUUUGUAAUAGUUCAAAUAUUUUCAAAGUCCAUUGACAUAUGGCUUUGAAACUUUGCACACUUGUUCACCAUCAUGACCCCAACCUGUAGACAAGAGGAGGUAACUCUAUCAAGCAUUUUGACAGAAUUAUGCCCCUUUUUCGACUUAGAAUUUACGUUAAAGUUUUUGUAAUAGUUCAAAU